AGUUCCAUGGAGACUGGGGAGCGCGCCCGCCUCAUCUUCAUUCUUGUGCUCCAGCUUCUCCUUCGCAUCCGACGCAACCGGCAGCAGCGCUGCCGCCGCGUCCUCUGCGGCCGCCCAGUCUUCCCACGGAUGUGAUCUUCGAGGCCAGAAGCUAAGUUUUAAACUACCCCAAUGGAUGCAGAUAGUGAUGUUGCAUUGGACAUUCUAAUUACAAAUGUAGUCUGUGUUUUUAGAACAAGAUGCCAUUUGAACUUAAGGAAGAUUGCUUUGGAGGGAGCAAAUGUAAUUUAUAAGCGUGAUGUUGGGAAAGUAUUAAUGAAGCUUAGAAAACCUAGAAUUACAGCUACAAUUUGGUCCUCAGGAAAAAUUAUUUGCACUGGAGCAACAAGUGAAGAAGAAGCUAAAUUUGGUGCCAGACGUUUAGCCCGCAGUCUGCAGAAAUUAGGUUUUCAGGUAAUAUUUACAGAUUUUAAAGUCGUUAACGUUUUGGCAGUUUGUAACAUGCCCUUUGAAAUCCGUUUGCCAGAAUUCACAAAGAACAAUAGACCUCAUGCCAGUUACGAACCUGAACUUCAUCCUGCUGUGUGCUAUCGGAUAAAGUCUCUAAGAGCUACAUUACAGAUUUUUUCAACAGGAAGUAUCACAGUAACAGGGCCCAAUGUAAAGGCUGUGGCUGCUGCUGUGGAACAAAUAUACCCAUAUGUGUUUGAAAGCAGGAAAGAAAUUUUAUAAUUCAUCACUUAAUUGGUUAGAAUCUCUAACUGAGCACCUUUUAAAACCUGCUGCACAUUGGACUCAAAGCAAAAGGAAAACUGGACCAACAGUAAUUGAGGAAAUAGACUCUUUUAUUCACUCACGGCUACAGUGUAAGCUCCAGUCCCUUUGGAUUUAUUUCAAACUUUGCUGUAAUAUAAGAAGGAAGUUUACAAGACAUGACAUUGCUGCUUUUACAAAAGGACAUUCUAUUUAUUUUCGCAGUAAUUCUCAUGUCCCCAUAAGCAGAGCUGUCACAAUGUGCACUACCUUAAAUUGUUUUAUUGUUGUCAUUGUUAUUUUUUCCAGUUUGAGCUAAUGUGUUUUAUUUGUGAAUAGUCUUUUACAUUUUUGUAUGCUGAAUAUGGGCACCAAAGAACCUGUAAAAGUUAUCUUUUUCAAUUGAAUGUGCACAAAUAAAAGUUUGGAAAAGAUCUCUCUUCAUA